AUGAGCAUUUGCAGUGCGUCAAACUUAAAUGAAAAUGAGGACAGCUCCGAGGAAAAUCAGGCUCGAACGAGAGGGAAAAUUUGGGUGGUACUUGUGGCCGGUUCCAAUGGAUGGUAUAAUUACCGUCACCAACUCGGCUGUUACGCUGCAUCGCCACCAACACUAUUUGACGUCGGGUCUCGUCGACACCGCUUGGCAGUUGGCCAGAUGUACCGCAUAGCGAUACCUGGCGUUCGGCUAUUAGAUCGCGUGGGCUGGGAAUGUUGCACAUUGAUGGUGGGGGAGUUGAUUGGUGGUGUCCGGAUACGGCUUAGGGGCACGGAUUAG